AAGCCCUCCAACCCCGCCUAAAAAGCCAUGUCUCAACCACCACCAAAUACAAGCCUCUCUCUCUCCGCCCGGCUAGCACUCUACCUCGGCCCCCCCUCUGUAAUCCUCCUCACCUCCCUCGCCUCCCCAAAAACCGGCCUCCUCUCGCCCCUCGCCUUCCUGCCCACAGUCUCCGCCUACCGCGCAUGGUCGUCCUCCAACACCCUCAACCCCUCCCCGCGCGCUCCCCUCGAGCCCCUCCUCUGGACCUACGCGCUCGCCGGAACAUGUGGCCUCCUCAGCGUCAGCGUCAGCCUCAUCCAACUCGGGAUCUGCAAAGCCGUCUCAUCCCUCCUCUUCUUCCACGAUCCCGCCGGUUUGAAAGAUUUCUGGGUCGAGUUCGCACGCAGCGGUGUUGAGGGGUUGACGGCCGGGGAGGUACUGAAGCGGGCGGAGAUCGCCUGGGGCUGGAAGAAUUGCGUGGUUAAUGCGGCACUUACCUUCCUGGCUGCUGGGCUGGGUGAAGAGGUUUUGAAGUACGUGCCGAUUGCUUAUGCUCGUCGUCGUAGUACGGCGGAGGAGAGGAAGGGGAGGAAGAGAGCGUAUCUGGACUAUGCGCUUGCUGGUGCGCUGUCCUUUAGUCUGAUUGAGAAUAUCGGGUUCUUGUAUGCGGCUGUAGAGAAAGGAGGGAGCUGGUCGGGGUUGGCACUCUCGGUUUUUGAGCGCGUUAUCAUUGCUGGGACUGGCCAUAUUACGAUGAGUGUGCUGACGGCGUUGAGAGCUACUCGGAGGGAUUAUUUCGGGGAUCGGCUGAGUUGGUGGGAGGUGGUUGGGCCUGCGGCGUUGUAUCACGGUGCGUUUGACUUUGUGUGCUUUAGUGCCAGUUCGUGGGAGGGGAAUGUUGGGUGGAUUCAUCCUACCGGGUUGGGGGUUACGAGUGUGAUGUUUGGAUCUUGUUUGGGCCCGGUUGCUAGUGCAAUGUGGCAGACUAGAAGGGAGUGGAAGGGUCUUGAAGAUCGGGAUCGAGUGAGAAAGAAUGAAGACGAUGAUGGGAAGAGAUACAAAAGGUGAGUGUUGGGAACAGGGCGAUUCCCCUUGAUAGAUGGAUCAUGGUAUACAGCUCUCCUCUGUGAAGUGCAUCUUUUAUCUUAGAAUUCAAUCAAAAUGCCCCUCACGAGUAUAUCUUCGUUUUGCUGGCAUGAAAGGAGAGC